CACAGUGAUCAUCACGAUGAUGUAUUUCGCUGGAGUUAUUUUUCUUGUCGCUAUUGUUUUUCCCCAGAACAAUGCUUUCGAAAUUGAGAAUCGAAUUGUUGGAGGCAAUACAGCAAGUAUUGAAAACUCAAACUACCAAGUAUCGAUUCGUGAAAAUGGUCAACAUACAUGUGGCGGUGCAAUAUUAGAUGCCAAUACUAUUUUAACUGCUGCCCAUUGUACCGAAGGAGUUAAGGCUGCAAUAUUAUCAGUUAGUAAUGGAGCAACAAUUGCAAAUAAUGGAAUUAUACAUAAAGUAUCGAAAAUUAUCCAACAUCCCAAUUAUAAUGGUAAAACUACUGAAAAUGAUAUUUGUUUGCUGAAGAUUACGCCACCAAUUAUAUUCACAAAUAAAAGUCGACCUAUUAAAUGUGCAACAAAACGUUUAGAACCUGGUACAAAUGUCAAAAUGACUGGAUGGGGUAAAAUGUCGGAAAAUGACAAAGAAACUGAUUUGGGAAAAAAAUCUUUACGAUAUGUUAUUGUUCAAGUUAUUAAUCAAACUGUGUGUAGUGAUCAAUAUAAGAAUUUAGGACUUGAAAUUGGUAGUAAAAGAAUGUGUGCUUCUGCUUUGGGUAAGGAUAGCUGUCAAGGUGAUUCUGGAGGUCCACUAGUAACGGGAACGGGUGCUGAUAGACGUGUUGUUGGAGUUUGUUCAGUUGGCUAUGGAUGUGCAAAUAAAAAAUAUGCUGGUGUUUAUACAUUUGUUCCAGCAUUUUUUGAUGAUUUUAUUAAAAAAUAUUUGUAAAAAGUUAUUUUCUCGAGUUUGUUUUACGUUUAUAGAAAAAUUAAGUUUUUU